AUACCCAAUCUACAAUUUUUUUUUUAUAAAUAAAUUUCAUAAUCUACAUAAGAGUACUCCAUUUUCCAAAUUCCUAAUAAAAUGGAGAGACGACCAAAAUAGUCAAAUAAAUUUCCUGCGACUUCCACUUCCUCUGUAAAACCCUAAUUUUCCAAUUCCCCCUUUUCUCCUUCUCUCACUUUCCCUCCAAUUCACUUUUUUCAGAUUUCGAUCUUCUUCCUGUUCGAUCUAUUCCCGGUUUAAGUCAUUUAUUUUUCCCUUAAAUCGCCGAUUAAACUUUCCCCCUUUUUAAUUCUUCUUCUUUCCACUGUUUUUACUUUGAUCUUUUGGGUAAUCACUGAUUACUAGCUUUCUAGGGUUUGGUGUUUUGAAAAUCAAUCGAGGCUGGCGAGUUUAAAGUUGUAGUAAAUGGCGGAUCCGCCUGGUCUCCGCCUACCAUUUCCAACCAUUAUACAACAAUUGACAAAGUGGUUAGUUUUGGAGACAAAAUUCAAGAAUAGCGAUUUAAAAACAGUAGAAAAAGAAGUAUGCUGAGCGUAGUUAGGGUGCAUAUCCCGUCCGACAUUCCCAUUGUAGGUUGUGAGCUUACUCCUUACGUUUUAGUUCGGAAACCGGACAAGACUGCGUUUAGUGAUGAUGUUCCUGAGACUGCUCCUAUUGAUGGCUACUUUUUGAGAUAUAAGUGGUAUCGUAUACAGAGUGACAAAAAAGUUGCUGUUUGUAGUGUGCAUCCAACUGAGCAAGCGACUCUACAGUGCCUUGGUUGUAUAAAGGCCAGGAUCCCUGUGUCUAAAAGUUACCAUUGCUCUUCAAAGUGUUUUUCAGAUGCUUGGCAGCAUCACCGUGUGUUGCAUGAUCGUGCUGCAAGUGCUGUGAAUGAGAAUGGAGCCGAAGAGGAGGAAUUGUUUGGACGCCUUAAUAGCUCAGGUUCUGGAGUCAUGAGCACUGGCUUGCCUCCGCCUGCAUCGAGUCCCAGUUUGAGUAAUGGAUCGACAUCGUUGUAUCCUGCUGUUGUUACACAAAGAAGUGGUGGUGAAACAUGGUUUGAAGUUGGACGCGCAAAGACAUAUACGCCUUCUGCUGAUGAUAUUGGUCAUGUCCUGAAAUUUGAAUGUGUUGUUGUUGAUGCUGAGACUAAGCAAACUGUUGGACAUCCCAUGACUUUGACUACAUCUCGUGUCAUCCCUGCGCCUACACCAAUUCCGCGUAGAAUGAUUUCAGUUAGUGGGGCAGAUGUGAUUGGGCAUUUGGAUUCUGAUGGUCGUAAUGUGUCUUCUGGAACAUUUACAGUCCUUUCAUACAACAUAUUGGCUGAUACUUACGCCACAAGUGAUACUUAUAGUUACUGUCCUUCAUGGGCCCUUUCUUGGCCGUAUCGCAGACAAAAUCUGUUGCGUGAAAUUGUAGGAUAUCGUGCAGACAUUGUUUGUCUUCAAGAGGUUCAAUACAAUCAUUUUGAUGAAUUUUUUGCUCCUGAGCUUGACAAACAUGGCUACCAAGCUCUAUAUAAGAGGAAAACUUCAGAGGUUACAACAACACUUGAUGGGUGUGCAACAUUUUUCCGAAGAGAUAGAUUUUCACAUGUUAAAAAAUACGAGGUUGAGUUUAACAAGGCUGCACAGUCUCUAACGGAAGCUGUGGUUCCCUCUACCCAGAAGAAAACUGCUUUAACGAGACUUGUCAAGGAUAAUGUUGCACUAAUAGUUGUACUGGAAGCAAAAUUUAGUCAUCAGGGUGUUGACCCUCCUGGAAAACGACAACUUGUUUGUGUUGCAAAUACACAUGUAAAUGUGCAGCAAGAGCUAAAGGACGUGAAACUCUGGCAGGUCCAUACUUUGUUGAAAGGAUUGGAAAAAAUAGCUGCUAGUGCUGAUAUUCCAAUGUUAGUGUGUGGAGACUUCAAUUCGGUUCCUGCAAGUGCUCCUCAUACUCUUCUUGCAAUGGGUAAAGUGGAACCAUUGCAUCCUGAUUUAGCAGUGGACCCCUUAGGAAUAUUGCGGCCUCAUACAAAACUUGCGCACCAGCUGCCAUUGGUCAGUGCAUAUUCAUCCUUUGCAAGAGGGAUUGGUCCAGCUUUAGAGCAGCAAAGGCGCAGAAUGGAUCCUUCCACAAAUGAACCCUUUUUCACAAAUUGCACGAGAGAUUUUAUUGGGACCCAUGAUUACAUAUUUUACACAGCGGACUUUUUGACGGUUGAGUCUUUACUUGAACUAUUGGAUGAGGAGAGCUUACGGAAGGAUACAGCCCUUCCUUCCCCAGAGUGGUCUUCCGAUCAUAUAGCACUCUUAGCCGAAUUCCGUUGCAAACUAAGAAUUCGACGUUAGCACUUGGGGAUGAAAUGGUUUCGUUUGCACUAAGCCUAACAACUACUCUUCUACGAGCAGGCAGUCUGGAAAAUAUAAAUUGUGACGAGUUGAUGAAUACAACUUUUUGGAAGUUACAUUGUAAGAAUGGCUGAUCAGGCUCUUGUGUGAUCAUCUCCAGCCCAGGUGCUAUCGCCUCUCGGGGAUUUUGCCUAUGAUCCGCCCUCUAUCAUACCAUAGAAAAUUAUGAUCCUAUUCAAAUUUUCCUUCUUUAAAUAGAAAUUAUCACAAGUCUAUCCAUGAGCUCAAAUGUGAUUAGUGAUAAUGUUAUUUUUAACUGUCAAGUUUCAACCGAUGCUUUGCAUUUCCGAUGAGCUCUACAUGUUUAGGUUUUCUGUAUUUUACUUAGCAGUGGGUAAUAUUCCCUCAUUUUUCUUAGUACAAAGCAAGAUAACAGAAAUACAGUUGAUUGUCUGCUUCUUCCAACAUAUAGUAUGAUAGUCAUCCCAUUUCCUUA